GAUGAAAAGAAAGCCGAGGAGGAGGAGGAUGCCCUGGGCUUAUUCUUUACUGCCCCUGUCAGUGCCCCAAAAGAGGAAGAGUUCAAGGUCACCUGGAGCGAUGAAGAUGAGUCGGUCGCCCCGAGUAGCGAUAUUGACACGCCACCACCAAAUAUCACCUCGCCAGCGAGGAUGUCAUCUCCGCGUGGACACCGUCGAGAUACCACGACGUCCUCGCAACCACCGACUGGUGAGUACCUAGGCUGUUCUAGUGGUGAAUCCACUGCCCGCCCAUCCUGUCUUACCACGAUAGCGUGA